AAACGGAAGCUGGACAUGUAUUUCACAAUGCGUGCGGUGGUCCCUGAAUUUUUCUCCAACCGCGACAUCACGAGGCCGGUGUUGCAAGAAAUAGCAAAGCUCAUACAUAUACCUCCUUUGCCGGGCCUGACAAAGAAAGGAUGUCGAGUGAUCGUCAUGCGAGGAGUCGAUAAGGAAGCGCCGACUCCCAAUAUACCGGAAACUAUGAAGAUGGUGUUCAUGAUCGGCGACAUUCGUCUAAGCGAAGAGAAACACGGCGUGGCCGGCGAUGUCUACAUCCUCGACGCUUCCGUCGCGACGCCCACACAUUUCGCCAAGUUUACGCCGGCCUUAGUGAAGAAGUUUCUGGUGUGCGCAAUGGAGGCGUAUCCGGUGAAGCUGAAGGAAGUGCACGUGGUAAACAUCAGUCCGCUCGUCGACACGAUUCUCAAUUUCGUCAAGCCGUUUUUGAAGGAGAAGAUACGCAAUCGCAUCUUCAUGCACAGUGACAUCAAGACGCUAUACGAAUACGUACCCAGAGAGAUAUUGCCAACCGAGUACGGCGGCGACGCCGGACCCAUUCAGGUUAUACACGAAAAACGUUACAAGUUAAACGUCUUCAAGGAGCAGGAAGCUAUAAAAACUAACGAGGCAUUGCGACCAGGUAAACCAAAGACGCAAGACGACUUGUUCGGUCUCGAUGAAUCCUUCCGGCAGCUGUCGAUCGAUUAAAUCGUUUAACGCGUAUCCGGAACCAAUUUGACGUAUAAUCGUCGCCAACGGCAAUCGUUAACCAAAUCGCUCGUCCGCAUAAACUUCGACAUCGAUCGAUCACAAACUUCGUCCACG